AUGUGGCUGGCUGUGUGCACAGGCACCCGUGUGUGUGGCCCCCCCCCAGACAGUGGGUGGGGAGCAAUUUUGGGGUUCAUCCCCCACCAUCAUGGAGAGGAAGAGCUCCGGGAUGAUGCCAACAGGGACUGGGGUCUGACAGCCGCAUCCUGCCCCUCCACAUGCCCUCAGCCCCCCCCAACCUUGCACCCCCCAGGUGUGGGCUUCGCCACGCGGCAGAUGGCCAGCCUCACCAAACCCACCACCAUCAUCACGGUGGAGGGCGACAAGAUCACGGUGAAGACCCAAAGCACCUUCAAGAACACGGAGAUCAGCUUCAAGCUGGGCGAGGAGUUUGACGAGACCACGGCAGAUGACAGGCACGUCAAGUCCUUGGUCAAGCUAGAUGGAGGCAAACUCAUCCAUGUGCAGAAGUGGGAAGGGAAGGAGACAUCGCUUGUCCGGGAGCUGAAGGAUGGGAAAUUAAUUCUGGUAAGGAAAGAGAAAUGGCUUUAAGUGGGGUGGGGGUCA